AUGCCUCAAUUACGAGUUCUCAUCGUCGGCGCCUCCAUCGCAGGCACGUCAGCCGCGUACUGGUUCCGCCGCACCGGCGCACACGUCACCGUCAUCGAGCGCUUUCCCUCGUUCCGGCGGACGGGCCAAAACGUCGACAUCCGGACCGUCGGCGUCGAGGUGAUGCGCCAGAUGCCGGGCAUGGAAGCCGCCGUGCGCGCCGCCAGCACCACCAUGGACAGCAUCUCCUUUGUCGACACGCACAACCGCAGCUUCGGCGCCAUCGCCGCCACCGGCGACCCCGACCAGCAGUCCCUCGUGUCCGAGUACGAAAUCUUCCGCGGCACGCUCGCCGGCAUCCUCUACAGCUACACGGCGCACGACGACGGCGUGCGCUACGUGUUUGGCGAGCAAGUGGCCGCCAUGAUGCCCCGCGGCGACGGCGGCCACGGGCCGGUCCUGGUCGAGUUUGCAAACGGCCGGCCGGCAGAGGAGUUUGACCUCGUGGUGGCGUGCGAUGGCGCGACGUCGCGCACGCGCGCGCUGGGGCUCGGCUGCGGCGUGCGCGACCACAUCGUUCCGACCAACCACUGGGCCGCCUACUUUGAUAUCGACAAGGACCUGCUCGCCGGCAGCAAGGUCGGUCUCUCGUACAGCGCUCCCGGCGGGCGCAUGGUCUGUCUCGGCCCGGACCCUGACGGCAGCGGCUGCAAGGGGGUCCUCCUGAGCAUCGCCGCGUCCAGCACCGCCGACCUCGGGGGCGCGUUCCGCGCCGCGCAGAAAGACGAUGCCGCGCUCCGUGAGUUCGUCGCGGACCGCUACCGCGGCGCGGGCUGGCGCACCGACGAGAUCCUCGACCGCAUGAUGACGUCCAAGGCGUUCUACGCCAGCGAAAUGGUCAAGGUGCAGACCGAGCGCUUGUCCCGAGGCAGCUGGUUCGCGCUGGUGGGCGACGCCGGGUACGCGGCGCCGAGCGGCGCCGGGACGACGCUGGCCAUGGCCGGCGCGUACGUGCUGGCGGGCGAGGUCGGGCGGCACGCCCCUGAGGAUGUGGCGGCGGCGCUGGCGGCGUACGAGGACGUGAUGCGCCCGCUGGUGGGGGAGAUGCAAAAGGUGUCGCCGCUGUUUUGGAGCGUCAUGGCGCCGCAGACGGCGUGGGGGAUCGCGCUGCGGAACAGGCUGUUUCAGUUUGUGUGCUGGACGGGCGUGCUGGACGUGGUGCAGAAAUUGUUUGCGGGUGCGUUUUCGAGCUCGGAGAAGCAUGUGCUUCCAGAGUAUGAGUGGGUGAAUUAG